AUGACUAGUAUGGAGGGCAACCUUUCAGCGCGAGGCAAAGCCAUCGCGGCACAGAAGCCAAACUUCCUCGACGUAUUGAGUGAUUUGUGGGCUCCUGAGUCCAACCCGGAUGGAAUUGUGAAUAUCGGUCUCGCUGAGAAUAGUCUCAUGCAUGCGGAGAUGGAGAGGUUUAUCAACUCCAACUCGCAAAUCGAUGCACAUGCAUUGACCUACGGAGACGGCUUCAGCGGUUCGCACAGGCUCAAAGAAGCCAUCUGUCAUUUCCUGAACAGCCAAUUUUCUCCUUGGACUGCUCUUUGUCCCUCCCAUCUGACCAUUACAUCUGGUGUCAGUAAUGCAGUUGAAUGCUGUGCCUGGGCAUUAGCCGACUUUGGCGACUACGUUCUCGUCGGGCGUCCAUAUUUCAAUGCUUUUAAGACGACAUUUGGAACACGUCCUGGGUACGGAAUCAAUAUCAAACUUCUAGUUACAUUCGCAACAACGGAUCCCUUUAGCAUGGCCGCAGUCCAACACUACGAGAAGGCAUACGCCGAAGCGAAGAGUAAAGGCUUUCGCAUCAAAGCGUUUCUAUUGUGUUCACCACAUAAUCCACUCGGACGCUGCUACCCCGAAAAUGUCCUAAAAGAGUACAUGAAGUUUUGUACCAGACAUGGACUCCAUCUAAUCUGUGAUGAGAUCUAUGCACUAUCUGUCUGGGAGAAUCCUCGCCUGCCUGAUGCUCCAGGGUUUAGAUCAGUUUUGUCUAUGGAUAUCAAGGAAGUGAUGGAACCAAGCAUGGUGCACGUUGUGUGGGGGUUAAACCAAGUUGCCACAGCUGUCUUACUAGAUGAUAAAUUCACGAGAGUGUACGUCGCAACCAACCGGCAUCGUUUAGCAGAAAGCUAUCGGUUUACAACUAAUUUUCUCCGGUCCCAUCAUAUCCCAUAUGCUGAGUCUAACGCUGCAUUUUUCGUUUGGAUGAACUUAAAAGCUGCAUUGAAAGAUCCUGCGACCACAGAUAAGGAAAUUCUUGCAAAGCUUCGAAAAGAAAAAGUAUACAUCGCAAUUGGGACGGCCUAUGCCGCUGAAGAAGUGGAGUGGUUUCGAAUGGUAUUUGCACACCCGCAAAAUGUGCUAGAGGAGGGACUGAAUAGGAUGCUUCGAGCUAUUCAAUCAUAG